GUCACCGCCCUCUGUUUUGGAGCAGGCUGGAAGAUGUCGGCGUCCAAGGUGAAGCAGGACAUGCCUCCUCCGGGAGGCUAUGGUCCUAUCGAUUAUAAGAGGAACCUACCGAAGCGAGGACUAUCGGGGUAUAGCAUGUUUGGCAUUGGAAUCGGCAUUUUGCUGUUUGGUUACUGGAGGCUUUUUAAAUGGAACAGAGAAAGGAGGCGAUUGCUGAUUGAGGAACUGGAGGCCAGGAUAGCUCUUUUGCCCCUGAUGCAGGCAGAAUCUGACCGAAGGACACUUCGGCUGUUGCGGGAAAAUCUAGAGGAGGAGGCUGUCAUAAUGAAGGAUGUCCCUGGCUGGAAGGUUGGUGAGAGAGUUUUUCACACAGAGCGAUGGGUCAGCCCUCUCGUAGACGAGGUGUUUAAUCUUCGACCUCGUGAACAGCUUUUGCAUGAGCGCUUCGGCCUCCAUUGGUACAUGUAGGGCCCCGAGACAGAUGCAGUCCUUACCACCUUGACCUUCCACAGUCGGUCAUUUGUGGACCUGAGCCGGUGCUCAACCCAGCUUGUAAAUGUUCGAUAUUAAAAGUUUCUUUUCUCUACCACCA